AUGCAACAGAAAGAAAUUGAUUCGUACUCACGGGAACAGAACUUCAGAACCUUGUCGGACGGUGAAUCAUUGACCAAUGGGACUCGUAUCUUCAAUAGUUGAAUAGAAGGAGAAGAUUAAUUCUCUGUUUAGGGAAUAGGUGGCGCCACGCGUCCAAUUCAAUUUCAAUUCAUUUCUUAACCUUUAUGCUUAUCGCAGUACUGUAAAUUGUAAAUAAGAAUUGUACAUUACGUACAAAACUAAUGGUGUUAUGGUCAUUUUAUUAUUCUUUUCUCUAGUUGCGUAUAUAUAUAACAUUUAAUCAUAUUAGACGUACUAUUUACGACCAAUCAUGUAAAUGCAUUGAUGGUUUAUACAAUAAUAGAAUAAUUUUACAGUGUAAGUUGUUUAUAUUUUUUUAUUUAUAUAAUUACAGUAUAAAUUUGAUAUUUACAUUUUCUCUGUAUAGCAUAUUUCAUUUUGUGGCAUAAAUAGAUUUCAUAUGAAUUUUCUUGGCUUUCAUUUAGGAAAGAUAUGGCAACUGAGGAGGCAAACCGCAACUCAGCUUUACAGUCUCUAGAAGAAACUGGUCAGUGUGUGACUAGCACGUCGCAACAUGCAGGAAACAGUAGGGAACCAAGUGCAGUCAGACCUCAAGAGCAAAACAGUCGACAGAACAAUUUGCAAAGAAUACAACAGAGAAAGCAGCAGAUGUUAAAUUUACCACAGAUGAAGAAAAUAUUAAAAAUUGCAACAUACAGCGCGUGUAAGGUUGAUGAUUGCAAGUGCAUUGGCUGGAAGAACUCUCAGGUGAUAACUAAGUCUUCCAAAAACGACGUGCAACAGCCUGUUAUAAAUUUCUUUGAUCCUUGCAAAAGUUGCAAGCAUGUCUUAGAAAAUCAUGUUUCUCAUUUAACUAAUCAGUCUGAGGAAGAAAUUAAUAAGCUAUUGUGCAUGGUCAUAGACGCGGAUAAUAUUUUUUUGGGACUGCAGAAAGAAGAAGACCCUGAUACAAAGAAAGUUUAUUUCUACUUAUACAAACUUUUAAGAAAGUGUAUACAAUCUAUGACCAAACCCACGAUAGAAGGUCCUUUAGGUCAGCCACCCUUCGAACGACCUAGUAUAGCAAAAGCGGUCAUGAAUUUUGUUGCCUACAAAUACGGUCACUUGCCACAAAGAGACAUGCAGGCCAUGUGUGACAUGGCAAAAAUGUUUCUACAUUGUCUAAAUCAUUGGAAUUUUGACCCGCUUAGUGUCAGAAGAGGCACAAUCAGCGUAGAAGAAGCUCCUGCUUAUAAAAUUAAUCAUACCCGUUGGCUUGUAUUUUGUCAUAUACCGGCAUUCUGUGAUUCCUUGCCUCAUUAUGACACAUCUUUGGUUUUUGGACGGACGUUUGUACAAGCUGUUUUCAAGCCAGUUUCUAGGCAGUUGUUGGAUAAAUGCCACAGUGAACGAGAUAAGUUAGCUCCAGAGAAAAGAGUAAUAGUAUUAACACAUUUCCCUAAAUUCCUCUCCAUGUUAGAAGCAGAGAUUUACUCGGAUAAUUCUCCAAUUUGGGACUCUGAUUUCAAGCAAGUGCCACCCACUUAUUUACAAUCCGCGUUGGAAUCAAAAGCAAAUCAAGGAAGAAGGGCAGGUGAAUUUGAGAAGGUCACAGUACCACCAAAUGACAAAGAUAAUUACACGACAAUUAAUAUAAGCCCUGGAAUGAAGAAAAUUCACGAAAAGAGAUCACAUUCUGAAGGACGUUCAGAUGUGAAAAGAAGAAAGAACGAGGAAACUUUUGAAGAUUUAUCGGAGGAAACAGUUGCUGAAAUUGUAGCGACUAUUAACGAUCCCAAUUAUAUGUGCGGACCCGAUGCAGUAUUUCCUCCAAAUGUUCCGCGAGAUGAAACUGCGAAGAUUGAGGAAAGUAGAAAGAUCAUAGAAUUUCACGUGGUUGGAAAUAGUUUGACGCAGCCAGUUUCUAAACAAACAAUGCUUUGGUUGAUUGGAUUACAUAACGUAUUUAGUCAUCAAUUGCCUAGAAUGCCAAAAGAAAAGCAUAAAACGCUAGCUCUGAUAAAAGAUGGCCGACCAAUUGGUGGCAUCUGUUUUCGAAUGUUUCCCACUCAGGGCUUUACAGAAAUAGUAUUUUGUGCUGUCACAAGUCAAGAACAAGUUAAAGGUUAUGGUACACAUUUAAUGAACAUGCUCAAAGACUAUCAUAUAAAAAACAACAUAUUACAUUUCCUUACGUUUGCCGACGAAUUUGCAAUCGGAUAUUUCAAGAAGCAAGGUUUUAGCAAGGACAUAAAAUUGCCUCGGUCGAUGUAUCAAGGAUAUAUUAAAGAUUACGAAGGGGCAACACUGAUGCAUUGUGAAUUGAAUGCAAAAAUUAGACAGCAAGAGAUACAGAAAGUUCAUCCUGGUUUGACAUGCUUCAAAGAAGGUGUCAGGGGAAUUCCAGUUGAAUCUAUUCCUGGUAUUCGUGAAACUGGUUGGAAAAGUUACACUCAGACGAGAACCAGAGGAGUAGCCAAAGGAACUCAAGGGCCAGAACCAAUGGAAGCGUGUUUGGAUAUUACUGACUCGUUGUACAAUGCGUUAAAAAAUGUUUUAAAUAGCGUAAAAAAUCACAGUACCGCGUGGCCAUUUUUAAAGCCUGUAGAUAAGAACGAGGUGCCAGAUUAUUACGAUCAUAUUAAAUAUCCAAUGGAUCUUAAAACUAUGACUGAUAGGCUGAAAGCUAGGUAUUACGUUACGAGGAGAUUAUUUAUUGCAGACAUGACACGAAUUUUCACUAAUUGCCGUUUGUACAAUAGUCCUGAUACUGAAUAUUAUCGAUGUGCUAAUGCUUUAGAAAAAUAUUUUCAAACGAGAAUGAAGGAAAUUGGUUUUUGGGAUAAUUAAGAAUUAUACUCUUCAUCAUUUUUCCAUUUCAAGAAACGAUUGAAAAGAGGAUAUACAGCAAAUUAAAACCAAACCAGAUGCUUAAUUUCACGGCCUAA